AUGCGACUUCAGAUUCAAGUUGGAAUUGAAUGCAUAGUAAUUCCUUGCGAUGAGGACGAGCUAGUACAUACGGUUGCAUUACGUACCGUUGCUAAAAUGCGCAAGUUACGACCAGCUAUGGUGAAGCCAGCAGGAGGAAAGGAAUACGAAGAAAUACGUCGGACAGUUGGAAACUCUCUUGUUGAUCCAGAAGACCGCGUAGGAGAUGUUCUGAAGGACGGGGAUUUCGUCAUACUUGGUAAGCUGUAUUGGCAUCGAGAUGAAACUGAGGAAGAGAAGGAAAGACGGCGGCAAGUUGAGCUCGAAUCUACCAGAGUAGCCCUGGAAAAGUUGGACAAACCAAAAAAAGUGAGGAUCAAAUUCGAAUUCGAUCCUUCACCAGAAGUGCCAUUGGUGGAUAAGCCAACAAAUUGUUUGUUGGUACUUGAUGGUCAAAGUCUCACGCCUGCUGAUCUCGUUCUGUGUGAAAAAGGAGAGUGCGCUUUGCAGCUCUCAAUAGAAGCGGAAGAAAAAAUCAAGAAGGGACGUGCUCUCUUGGAGAAGAUCGCAUCUGAGCAUUGUGCUGUCUACGGCGUCACAACUGGAUUCGGCAUAUUUUCAAACGUUCGCAUUGCAGAUGACCAACUUAAGUGA